CGGUCACACUGCACAAAUAAAUUUUUUCCCACGGUCCGAAUUUUUUGAUUUUCCGCUGCAGGCACACAAAGAAAAUGCUGAAAAGCUGAAAGUAUUAAGGAAAAGCCGACUGACUGACUGCCAACUAGCCGCGCACAGUUAGCUGAGGUGUUUUUCCGACCGGGGAAAGCGAGGAAAUCGUUUGAUUUCGGGGCGGCGUCCCCCCCGCAGAGCGAGACAGCAAGAGAGGAGGAGGAGGAAGAAGAAGAGGAGGAGGAGUAUCAGGAUCAGGAGGAUAUAUAUAUAUAGAUAUAUACGAUGACCACCCAGCGAACGCACACGCAGGCGAGGAAUGCGGGGAAUUCCGAGUCCGACUAUGAAACGCUGAUGCAGCGACUCCACAUUGGUGGAGCAGGAGGGGGAGGGGGCGGCGGAGCCCCUGGGGACGGGGGCGUGGCCAUGAGGAGCUACCAACGCUCGCCGGGCGCCAUCGAGCAGCAGCAGAUGCAGAUGCAGAACCUCCAUCACCACAAUCACAACCACAGCCAGGACUACAAGCUGUACGAACGCGGCAACAUUAUAGCCGCCUCCAAGUACGCCACGCCCCGUCCGGUGGAGCAGCUGCAGCAGCUCCAGCAGCCGCACGGCCACAACGGCAGCGCCCACAUCUACGCGCCCACCGCCCAGAUCCUCGGCCAGCGCAUUGCCCCGCAGAAACACUCGCCGGUGUACGAGAACCUCGAGUUCUACGGCCAGUUCGACUCGAACCACAAGCGUGCUCAGCCGCAGAGUCCCGGCAGCCGGCAGAGCGCCAUGCUGAACGACUAUCUGCUGAUGCAGCCCAUCGGGGCGGGGCGCUUUGCCCACACGCCGGUGCCCGAGAGUCAGGUGGUGCCGUCCCGGGGACGUUCGGCGGUUCUGGGACCCACCGCCGACCUGGAGGAGCAUGCGGCGCCCAUCUACGAGAACAUCAUUCCCCACUCCGGCCAGCGGGCGCAGCCGCAGGCCUCGCCGGCCACGGCCACCAUGUACCAGGAGAUGCAGCCCGCUUCCAACUCGUCGGAUCUCAACGCUUUGCUGGCCUCGCCGAUGCACCAGCGCAGCAUCAGCAGCAGCAACACGGCCAGCUCCAGCUCCCUGGGCUCGCCCACGCAGCGGUAUAGGAACUUGUCGCUGCCCAGCCACCUGAGUCCGGUGCCCACGGCGCAGUCGGUGGCCAAGCUGCAGCAGCACACGCCCAUCAAGUCGCCGGGUGGCGGCGCCAUCAAUGUCUCCGUCAAUCCCAACUACAUCGAGGACAUCAAUAGCUCCGACUACGUUUGCAUGACGGCCAAUCUGCACAGGAAUACGGCGGCGGCGGCGGCGGCCACGGGAGCCACUGCCCAGCGAAGCAUCCAGGAGCCAGCCAAGAUAUCCUCCUCGCUGGCCAAGGGCGUGGCCACGGCGGCAGCACCGGUCACGUCUGUGGCACCGGUGGCGGCAGCUCCACAACCAACGCCGCCAUCCAUCGCCUCCCUGAGGGCCACGCCCAUUGCGAUGACGGCGCCCCUGGCGGUGGCCACAUCGCCCACUCCCUCGCAGGGCAGCACAGGUCUCACCAAGAAUCUGCUGCCGUACAGCGUCACCCCGCCGCGUCCGGCUGGCCCGACGGAGGCGCAGCGGAAGAUCGAGGAGCUCACGCGCCAGCUGGAGGAGGAGAUCGAGCAGAGCGAGGAGCACGGCGAGUACUUUGGCAUCUGCCACACCUGCGGGGAGAAGGUGAAGGGCGCCGGGCAGGCCUGCCAGGCGAUGGGCAAUCUGUACCACACCAACUGCUUCAUCUGCUGCUCCUGCGGACGGGCGCUGCGCGGCAAGGCCUUCUACAAUGUGCACGGCAGGGUCUACUGCGAGGAGGACUACAUGAACUCUCUGUUGCAGUACUCGGGCUUCCAGCAGACGGCGGAGAAGUGCGCCAUCUGCGGGCAUUUGAUCAUGGAGAUGAUCCUGCAGGCCAUGGGCAAGUCCUAUCACCCGGGCUGCUUUCGGUGCUGUGUGUGCAAUGAAUGCCUGGACGGGGUGCCCUUCACCGUGGACGUGGACCACAAGAUCUACUGCGUCAACGACUACCACCGAAUGUUUGCGCCCAAGUGCGCCAGCUGCGGCAAAGGCAUCACACCCGUCGAGGGCACCGACGAGACCGUGCGCGUCGUCUCGAUGGACAAGGACUUCCACGUGGACUGCUACAUCUGCGAGGAGUGCGGCAUGCAGCUGACCGACGAGCCGGACAAGCGCUGCUACCCGCUGGACGGGCGGCUGCUCUGCCGCGGCUGCCACCUGCAGCGGCUGGCCCUGCAGUCCUCGCCGCACGCCCGCCACCAGGAGCCCGUCUGCGCCUCGUACCAGUACAUGGGUUGA